CACUAACGAAACCUUCUAAAUAGCUAACAAUAAUGGGCAAGGCUUUGGAUCUCAAGUAUGCCGAGCUCAUGCGAGCGCAUCCUUUCGGCACGGCGCUGUACCUACCGAUUCCCUCGAGUCAAUUCCAGCCCGGAUUUAUCGGAUAUUUUGACUCGACUGGGGCCUGGAAUCCCAUCGGAGAUCUCACGUCGUCGAUAAGCUUACCGUCGGGACUGUCAUCUAUCGACGGCACAACACUGAAACGCGCUCCAUCUCAGAAGCAAAUAUGGGGACCGAAGCUGGGCAAUGAGACAAGAGGUCGCGCGAUUGAUCUGAGUAUCGGCCUUGGGGCGAUACCUAUGCUGGCAGCAGCAGCACUGCCCUUCGAUGUCUCCGCCUGCUUCCGAUUCCAGGCAGAUAAAAAUCAUGGAGCUGUUCUUCUGACCAGUGGUCCUGUUGUUCAUGAACGGUAUUAUCAUAAAGAGCCUCUUCUUCAGUGGAUGAAGCAGAAUGCGAAAGGCAUAGUGAAAUCAUACCCUGAGGUCAAAGAAAAUGGCUUGUGGAUCAUUACUUCGACGUGGGCAGCAGAGAAUGCAUCGGUCAAUUGCUGGAACUCUAAAGGCAAAAGUGUUGAUGUCGGGUUCAGCACAACGGUUCUUGAGUUUGGCGAAGUGGCCCCCAAGGGGAGUUAUCUGCAUGGAGGAAGCGCAGAGGGAUGGAUAAGCACUCAGAGUGAUGAUAAUGGCAAAGGCCACGUUGUCUUCUUCCACGGCAUAAGAUUCACGUGGGUUCCCAUUCGCGGAUUGGCAGAGAAGAAGGCCCCGGGCAGAUUCCGAGGUGAAGGCCGUACAGCCUCUGCAUCUUUGACAACAUUUGAGGAUGACUUGGGCGAUGGGACGUUCGAAGUACGGUAUGAAGACCAAACUGAGAAAGAGGAACUAGAUGCAGUACACCAGGACAACGAUGAGGAAGACGCAUGGGCGUGAACGUCGCUGUGUGAUGCGUAAGUCAAUGUUUAUUGAGAAUUUACCUAUCACCAAGCGGAAAGUGUCCUCACACCCUUAUUCGUAGAUCCAUCAUUAUGAGUUUUGAGGCG